AUGUACUAUAGUAAGCAGAGGAAAGAGUCCAGGGGUUAUCCACAUACAGGUCAACAUAUUUACUACCCACAAUAUAGACAAGGGACUUUUGUGGUGUUUGAUUAUACAUCUUUUACUGCUGAAAUCAUGUUUCCAGUGAUUCUGCUUCUGAUUGGCCUUUCUGGCCUCACUUUGCCAGUCCAAGCAGCACCGGGUCUGCUGGAUGAUGUUUUAACUUUUGAUGAAAUGUACGACUAUGCUGUUAAUGACCCCACAGAGGAAACAUCCUUAGCUGAAAUUAACGAAAACAUUGAUUGGAUCUUUUCCUUCUUUGAUGAACCAGAAGUAUGUGAUCCAAAUCCAUGCCAGAACAACGGUGUAUGUGAGGUCCUAGAAAGUGGCAGCUUCAAAUGCACCUGUAAAGAGCCUUACAUUGGCAAAAACUGCCAGGAUGAGAGGAACGUGUGUAAGAAAGUGAAGUGUGGUCAUGGUGAUUGUGUCAGAACUCUGGAAGCCCCGUUUUAUGAAUGCAAAUGCCACCCGCCCUAUGGGGCGCCUUCGUGCAAGAAAGCCUCUGCUUGUGACCCGAGUCCAUGCCUGAAUGGAGGAAAGUGUGUUAAAGGCCGCACCAGAGCCAGUUUCACAUGCGAAUGUCCUGAAAAUUACAGUGGGAGGUUCUGCCAAGUUGGUCCAAAUGAUUGCUAUGAGGGGAAUGGGGAAUCAUACAGAGGUUUUGCCAGUGAGACAGUGGAAAAAUUGGAAUGUUUACCAUGGAACUACUAUCGCAUUCCGUUCAAGGAGUUUGAAGGGAAUGAGAGCAUUGGAGCCCACAAUUACUGCAGAAAUCCGGAUGGAGACCGGGAACCCUGGUGCUUUGUGAAAGACAAGGGCGACCUCCGGUGGGACUACUGUAAUGUCAAGCCAUGCUCAGAAACAGAACCAGUAAAACCCUCCACAGCCCCUGCAAAACUGGAGUUUUCUGAUUGUGGAAAGACUCAAGUUAGUAUGAUAGCCCCAAGGAUAUUUGGUGGGAAGAAGUCUCGGCCUGAAGCCCAUCCUUGGCAGGUUUCAUUUCAGGUCCGUCCCAAGGGCUCUAAUGCAUUCUUUAGCCACAGCUGUGGAGGAACCCUUAUUGACUCCUGCUGGGUCCUAACUGCUGCCCACUGCAUUAAUGAGAAUGAGGAGGUAAGGGUGGAGAUGGGUGGUGUGAACCUGGAGAAAGAUAAUCCCACAAAACAGUUUCUUGAGGUGGAAAAAAUCAUUGUUCAUGAGAACUAUACAGAGACAUCUGAAGCCCUGUAUAAUGAUAUAGCCCUGCUGAAACUAAAGGCAGUAAAUGGACGGUGCGCCAAUGAGACCAGGUCCGUUAGGGCAGCAUGUCUGCCCACUGAUUCAUUUCCUGAUGAAACAGUGUGCACCAUAUCAGGCUAUGGAGCCACUGAGAAAGAGGAUGCUGUCUCUCCUCAUCUGCUGGAUGCUAAAGUUCUCUUAAUCUCUCAGAAGCGCUGUAUGUCUCGUAAUGUCUACGGAAACAGAAUGGAUGAUUCCAUGAUGUGUGCUGGAUAUAUGCAGGGAAAGACUGACUCUUGUCAGGGUGACUCUGGUGGACCCCUGGUUUGUCAAAAGGAUGAGACUCAUUACAUCUAUGGUGUGGUGAGUUGGGGUGACAGAUGUGGAAAGAAGAACAGGCCCGGUAUCUAUGCCCGUGUCACCAAGUUCAUAAACUGGAUCAAUGAAAAGAUGCAUUCAGCUUAGGAUGGCUUCUCAAAAGGUUUGAGUUUAAUGAUAGUUAUGUAAUAACUUAAAGAAAUUUAAUAUGCAUAUAUAUACAUAAAUGGUCCAGUUAUGUGGAAUAAGCACAAUUAGCAACCAAAGACAUAACAUAGUGGGUUUAACAGAUUUUUCCAUAUACAUUUUCCAUAUAUCUCACUGUAAUGGACUAUCACAAAGAAAACAUGUAGGAUGGGCACUUUGUUCUAUGCAUCGGUUUUGGAUUGGAUUUUGAGAUGCUUGUAGGGGCAAAGCUUAUGCAGACUAAAUGAUUGGAGAAGUCACCAGUUUUCACCAGAAGAUCCAGUUGUAACAUUUUAAGUAAAAACUUUUUAACUUUACAACUGAUAGUUUUCACAUGACAUCACUCCCUUAUAGGAACGCCCAGCUAGGGGACAACACUAGGCUUUGGUCCACUGACCACCAGUUUUUACAUGGUUUGCAUUAAGUAGUUAUGUAGUAAAAUGAUGUUAGAAGGCGAAAUUCAACAUAUAGUAGUCAAUAUUUAAAGUGGAUCAAAACCUUUCAUCAAAGUUGUCCUAAAACCAAAACACCCAUUCUUGUUUUAGGACAACUUUGAUUAACUUUUCUGUGAUCCACAUCAAAUGUUGACUGUACACCUUAUUGAUGCGUACUUUGUACAGGCAAGCAGCUGAACCUAAAAUAUAAACAACGCACAACGUUUCACAAUAGAUGGUUUCCCAUAGAAAACCAUUCUAAAGAAAACACUGAACCUUUAGCGCAUUGCGUUCAUAUUCCAGGCUCAUCUGAUUGCCUAUAUAAAGUAUACAUCAACAAGGUGUGUGCUAAAUUUUAAUCACCGUUUUAAAACAGACAGGCAUUUUAGGUGUUUUUCAUUGUGUUUAUCAUGCAGUUUAGUGAUUGAUGUAUUGCAUCAAGUGCUUCAUAUGGAUUGCAAAUGGGCAAAACUUGCAUUUUGUUCAUAUAUUGUUUUUUUUUUUUUUAGUUUAUUUUGACUUUUUCCCCCCAAAGUCAAUAUUUUUGUACACAAACCCAAGUAAAAAUGUUUGGUAAGUCUUAUUGACCAAUUUAACUUUGAAAUAAACCUUAAGAUUUAAAGUUUCA